AUGCACGCCACCGGCCACACGGACCGCUCGGGCGGCGGCGGCGGCGGCGGCGGCUCCUGGCGCCUGCCGCCCGACGAGACGCUGCAGGUCGCCGACCCCAAGUCUGCCAAGGAAGACGAUCUCUACCCGGGAGAUGGUCACAACUGGCGGAGCAUCAUAUUUUCGUUGAUGGUCAUCGGUUUUGUGAUAGCUGGAAUAGUUACAGCGAUUUAUUUACUAGGAUAUGUGGACGAGUUGCUGUAUUGGUCGGGUCGUCGCAUGCGACUAGACGAGUUCCUGCGAGGGGAUCUGACCGGCGAGCGACUGCCGACCACGUGGGUCAGCUCUCACCAACUGGUAUACCAGGCGGACGACGGGGGGCUGCUGGCGCUCGAUACCUUCAACAACACCCUCACUGUCCUCGUCACCAACCACACUCUAAGGCAACUCAAUGUACGCGGUUACCAGUGCUCUCCGAAUUUACGCUAUGUGUUGUUCCAACACAAUAUCAAAGAGGUUUAUCGACGAACUUUUACAGCGCACUACACAGUUUAUGACGUCACAAAUGAUCACCACAUCCCGUUGUUCGGCGAAGGCCAAAGCAGCUGGGAGUGGCAGCACGCGGCGUGGCUUGGCACAAAAGGCGCGCUCAUCCUGGCCGCGGACAACGAGGUGCUGGCAAGACCCGCCCCUCCCGCGCGCCGGGCACCCUUGCUCCGGCUCACAACCGACGCCAGCCCGGGACGUGUUUACAAUGGUGUUUCCGAUUGGUUAUACCAAGAAGAGGUGACAAAAACAUCAUCAGCGACAUGGGGCUCAUCAGACGGCACGUUCGUGAUGUACGUGCAGUAUGACGACAGCAAGGUGUCCGAGCUGAUGUUCCCCCACAUAUCCAAUGGCAUCGGAGGCGCCGGUGCCACCAGAUCUGGCUUCCUGCUUCCUACUCUUAACAGCAGUCUUCCAUCAGUCUUUCCUGACCACGUUUCUAUUAGAUAUCCUACGCCUGGCAGUUCUAUACCACAAGCAAAGUUAUCGAUUGUGGCAGUCCAGAACGUGACUUCACCUCCACGAUGGGAAGUCAAGCCUCCUGAUACAUUAGAUGGAAUGGAAUAUUAUCUCAUAUCGGCUCAAUGGGUGGGCAAAGAAAAUUCUCACAUAGGAGUAGUUUGGAUGAAUCGAGCGCAGAAUCUCACUGUGUACAGCAGCUGUUAUGCACCGAAUUGGACCUGCACGGAGACACAUUCUGAAAAAGCUACUGAAGAACCCUGGUUAGAAGUCCAUGAACAGCCCGUCUAUUCAGAAGAUGGUAGCGCCUUCCUACUUUUAGCGGCAGUGCAGGAGGGCGGCGGCCAGUAUUAUACACAUAUUAAGCAUGUUGAUGUUCUGCGACAGCGUAUGGCUGUUUUAUCACAUGGUAAAGUCGAAGUCGCCAAAAUCCUGGCGUGGGACCAGGAAAAUCACUUAGUAUAUUAUUUAGGUGUUGACGUCGAAAAGUUUUACCCUCAUGAUUUUGGAGCUGCUAACAUGACCACGGAAGCUAAUCGAAGUAGCGCAGAAAGACCGGGCCAGAGACAAGUCUAUGUGGUCCGGGAUCCAAGUUACGGUGGUGGGAGUAACUCCGUCAGAGCACGUGCCGAGCGCGAAGAGCCACGAUGCCUUACCUGCGAGCUUGCAGUGUGGCCUGCACGUUUGCACUACGCUAACUGCACGUUCUGGAGCGCAACUUUUUCUCCCGCCAGACCGAAGCUUGGCAUAACCCAUUAUGUUCUGGAGUGUGAGGGCCCUGGGCCGCCACUCGCCGGACUUCAUGAUGCUAGAACACAUAAGUUAGAGAGAAUAUUAUACGAUACGAGGCCUUAUAGAUCAGUACGAUUACGUGAGUUGGCAUUGCCUACUCGUAGAUCAUUCGAUGUACAGCUGAGUAGCGGGUCGAAAGCUCGCGUUCAGCUUUUUCUGCCACCCUCGUGGCGAGAGGAACUUCGCGAUGCUGCAUUUCCUGUCCUCGUUCAAGUGGACGGGCGACCCGGCAGUCAGCAAGUAACCGACGAGUUUCUUCUAGACUGGGGAACGUACAUGUCCUCACGUAACGACGUAGUUUACGUAAAAUUAGACGUAGCAGGCGCGAGAGGUCUCCCUCGCGCCCUACUGCGCGGUCGCCUCGGCGGAGUCGAGGUGGCUGACCAAUUGGCUGUUAUUAGAUAUUUAUUAGACACAUUCAAAUUUUUGGACGUGACACGGGUUGCUGUCUGGGGAUGGGGUUACGGCGGCUACGUUACGGCCAUGCUUCUGGGAUCGCAACAGUCGACGUUAAAGUGCGGUAUCGCCGUAUCGCCGAUUACAGACUGGUUGUAUUAUAAUGUUGCGUUCACGGAGCGCAUCCUCGGCCAGCCGUCGGUGAACUACAAGGGCUACGUGGAGGCGGAUGCUUCGCAGCGGGCUCACCACGUGCCACGGCAUGCUUUAUACCUCAUUCAUGGCAUGGCAGAUAUGAGUGCGCCGUACCCGCAUGCUUUGCAACUAGCCCGAGCUCUUACCGAUGCCGGUGUGCUUUUUCGAUAUCAGGCUUACGCUGACGAAGGGCACGAUUUAAAAGGUGUUAUUGAACACGUAUACCGAUCUAUGGAAGAUUAUCUCCGAGAGUGCCUAUCUCUUGACCCCGAAGACACCAAGCUGCCUCCGCCAGAUAGAUAAAAUUAUACUUAGAAAAAAGUGUCGCAUAAAACAACAUUCUACCAUUUUAGGUUAGAUACGUAAUAUAUUUGUUAUCAUAAUUAUUAUUGUGUACAUAUGUAAAUGAAAUAGUGAUUUAAAUUGUUGUGUUCUUCAUAUUAAGUUUAGUUUACGCCUUCCGUUGAAGAUGCUAGAUAGACGAAAUAAUUUGAUGACACAUGUAGUUAUAAACAUAAGAGAGUAGGUAUAUAUAAAUAUAGUAGGCUAAAGGGUAUUGUCUGUAUGUCGUAGGGACUUCAUGUUAUCAGUAUUUUAUUGAAACUCCUAGGGAAUAUCAGUAAAUAAUACCUAGACGUCGAAUAAUCCAAAUGAUUUUCUCCAACUGUCGUGAUAUAUAUUAAGCUCGUAAAUUUCAUCGAAUCUAGCGAAUGCACGAUCCCGAAAUCAUUGGUCAUCCGAGCUACUAAAUGCAUCUCCGAUUGCCACCUUUACUUUGAAUCUUCAUAUUAAGCCAAUAACUUAGGUUUAGUAACAUUUUCAUAUCCUGCUGAGUGAUUCGAAGCUUUCUUAUAAUGUUGCCCACGAUUAAGGACGUUGUUUUGGAGCCGUAACUUAUACCUCGCGAUACACAUUGUUCAGAUGUUAUGGGCUUCAGACACUGAAGAAUUGAUGUAGAGGGCGAAAUAGCUUACCGAAAAUUAUUCGGCGUACCCCUUUUCUUAAUCUUGUCAGUUUAUUAUUGUUACAUGCAAGUUCUUUCAUAGUUUCCUGAUAUACCCUAGAGUUUUCACGAAACCGCGGUUAGUCUCAUUUGGCUACAACAUUACACUGUAAUAAAUGUGACUACCUAUUUGUUAAUAAUAGAAAACCAGAUGUGUGUACGGUAUUUGUUUGCUUAAAACCAAUACAUGCAUUUUAUAGCAUAAAACGUAUUUUGAUAAGACGUAAGACUGCAAGAAAUGUACAGAACACGUCUUUGUUUUCUAAAUAGUAUUCUAAUAUCUAAAUUUGAACGUUAAACUACGUAAAAUUUAGUUUCCGAGUACUUUCCGAUUACGAAAAAAUAAUACGCGGGAAAUGUAUACCCUAGUAUCUGCUAGAAUACAAUAAAAUAUAUCUAGUAAUAGUAAGUAUUACCUAAUCAUCUUAUGAUUACUAUAAAGAGUUCACUUCGUUACUUUGCAAAUCAAAAUGUAAAAAUUAGGUAACUACUUCGUAAGUUAUCGAUACAAAAAAAUCUGACUACGUAAUUUUUUAACAAAAUCAUUCUUAACACUUAAUGUCAAUCAAAUGCAGCUUUUGCAACCUUCGCCUUUAUGUCGUCUUUACUAAGUGUCACUUAAGGCUAGAUUGUAACUUUAAAAACCAGCAUGGUGGCCAUACUAUGUUAAAUUACUCAUUUGAACUUACCUCUUUUGUCUCAAUCUGAAUUCUACUUUCCAUAUGUCCAUUUUCGUUACGGGAUAUUUAGUUGCAGUAUUUUACCAAUUCUUCAUCCAAUAAGAAUCUACUGCUUGAAGAUGCUUAUGUGAAAUAAUCAGGAAAAUAUAUAACAUAACUCUAAUGAGACCUACAGAUAUAUAAGCAGAGCAUAGCAAAACUGUAUCGAUUAUGAUAUUGAUAGAAAUAGAGAAUAAAACAAAAUUUCAUAAUAAUGGUAACAGUUAUGUUAUAAAACUGGGAUACCUUCCAUUUUAGAACUAAUUGCUUUAGUCUAAAAUCAUACAACUUUUCUCGCGGAUAUCAUUUUAAAAGGAUGGCGUCACUCAUCUCUUCUUUAACUGAACACCUAUACUAACUUAAAGUAUAAUGUGAUCAUUUUAAUAGCAGUACGAGCUUGACUUCCUACCUAGGCUUUACCUGUAGCUCUUUCUACUUUCAUCUUUAUAAAUCCAGAGCCGUUUACCAUGAAAUAAUAAGUAUAGAAUACAGUUUCAAUUUCACUAUAAUAAACGUUGUUUAUUGAUAAAAUAAACUUAGCC